AUGUCUCUUCGUCUUUUGAUUUUGGGAGCGCCAGGCUCGGGAAAAGGAACGCAAACAUCCAGACUUCUCAAGCAAUUACCAUCUAUCCAAUCACUUUCUUCUGGUGAUAUACUUAGAUCCCACAUCAAGAAUGGAACUAGUAUCGGCAAGGAAGCAUCAUCGUACAUCAAAAGCGGCCAAUUGGUCCCAGACUCAACGAUGGUUUCCUUGAUAACCCAAGAGUUGAAGACUAAAGGUUGGCUCGACGCUAAAUCCAGUUGGCUACUCGAUGGUUUUCCAAGAACUGCCACGCAGGCGUCGGCGUUAGACGAUGUGCUCUCCCAAAACGAUUGCCCUAUUAAUUUAGCGGUGGAACUUGAUGUUGACCAAAAAGUUAUCUUGGAGAGAAUCGAAGCACGUUGGGUCCAUGUUCCGAGUGGAAGAGUGUACAAUAUUGACUAUAAUCCCCCAAAGGUACCCUUCCAUGAUGACGUAACCGGUGAGCCUUUAACUAAGAGAGAGGACGACACAGCUGAGGUAUUUCAAAAGAGACUUGACCAGUAUAACAAAGAAAUAGAACCUUUGAAGAAGUUUUACGAAUCAAAGGGUGUUCUAAGAGUAGUUUCAGGUAACACCUCGGACAUAAUUUUCCCUAAGUUCAUCAAGUUAAUUCAAGAGGAGCUGAAGAAGUUGUGA